UCAUUGGUCCUAAGGAGGUCAGUGUGCAUGGGAAGUGGGUCAGCAGUGAGCCAUGGCGCGGUGCAGCAACACCACAUCUUCAAAAACAUCGUAUAUUUACACUUGAAAAUUCUUAAGAUAAGACGUUGGGAAAACAAGUGAGUAGUGACAUUAAAAAAGUUGUAUAUCAAUAUGAGGCGCGUAGAGAGACGCGAGGUUGGGUAAGUAACUGGCGCGCGCUCGGUAAGUGUCGGCUAACUUCGGUCGCCGUCGGUAGAUGUCGUUGGCGCACGCGCGCGGCCGCCAUCGAUCCCCGCCCACGCGUGUAGCAGACUAGAGUGCACGAGCCCGGUCGGACCGGCAUGGCGACGUGAACGGCACCAGCGGCCUCCGGCGAUGCCGCGAUGGCCAGAGAGGUAACGCCGAGCGACCCGUCGCUUGCCUAACGAUGGAAGUUAGAGGAAAGAGGCCUUUCAAGAUAUGGGACAGCUCUCGCAACGUGAGGAAGGGACUGGUGGUCACUAGUUUCGAGGAGCUUAUACACAGAGGAAAAGAGAAGCUCUCAGUAUCAGCGUCAGAGCCGGUGCGCCUGGUCCUCGAGAGCGACGGCACGCAAGUAGAGGACGGGGACUACUGGAGAACACUCCCUCCUAACACCAUCUUACUUCUACUCAGGCCGGGCGAGAGGUGGUACCCCACCGGCGUCGACGUCAUCAAGGCUGCGAUAUCAGCGAUCCCAAAGAUAGUAUGCGAGACAAUCCACGCCCUCGAGCUACACGAUGAGACGCCCUCAUGGAAGAUCAUGGACAACAAGGGGCGCGUCACGGUGGUGCUGCACUGGGACCAGCGGCCGCAAGCCUCGCCGGCCGCGCGCUCGCCCUCGCGCCAAGCCAAGCCCGACCGCCGGCCCUCGCUCGUCAUCCAGACCUCGCUGGACCGCGCGCAGCCGCCGCCGCCGCACAUCACCGUCGUCAACCACGACGAGCCCGGCCCCGCGCGCGCGCGCCUCGCCCGCUCCGCCGGCUCCCUCGAGCACGCCCCGCCCGGCGCCGUGCACGUGCACACCUCCGAGUGCUCCGCGCCUGGACCCCCGCCGCAUCACGCGCACGGCCCGCACUCCCCUCGCCCGCCGCCCGACGAGUGUGACUUCCACUGCUGCGCUCUUCAUGAAGAAGGCCGCCGUAUAGCCGUGCACAAGAGCGUAGCCACCUCCCCCAUCCAGGACGCCCAACCCCGAGCCUCCCCCCAGGGCCGCCCUAAAGGUCACGUGCGAUUUCUCGACGCGGAGUCCGCCCGCCGCGGCGAGCGCGACUCCAGUGAAAGCGAAACCGAGAAUACUCUAGUCGAGGACGAGGCCGUCACCUCCGAGAAGUUCCUACUCCUCAUAGACCAGCUCAGCGUCGACCAAAAACGCCAUCUCACCAUCAAAGACAUAGGUAUCAUCCUAGAGCGGCUCAGCUCGAAGAUCCUCGACGUGGAGCGGCUCGACCGCGAGUCAGAGUCCGACGACUGCUACAACUGGACGAUCAAGGCCACGAUACGCGGCGACGCGCUGCGCGAGCUCGGGGUCAUCUACAACGGGAACUACUACGCGAUCAGCGAGCACCCGGGCUACCGGGACGAGAACGAGGAGGCGGGAGACGAGGCGGAGGAGGAGGAGGAGGAGGACCGGCUCUGAUCGGGCCUGUGCGGCGCCGCCGUGCCCGCCGCCGCCGCCGCCGUGCGGCUCGUCUGCCGCAUCGCCGCGCGCUGACCGCGCACCGCGCCGCCGCACGCCGCCCCCGGCCCUCUAGAGUCAGAGCUGCCGGAUGCCUUGCGUAUUAGGGCUCCGGCCGCAGCGGAACAGUCAGGAGCUCAGAACGAAGCGCCCGUCGCGCUGUGAAUAUUUAGAGACUUAUUAUGAAAUUGCCGCCCGCCCCGAGCGGCGAGUACUAUAUUAAUAAUAGCUGAAAUUACAUAUUGUAAGUAAAACUGACUUCCUAUCGAUUUCUAAGGUGAUUACUGAUUACUUAAGUGUAGCGGUCGCACCGCGCGCGCACAAAAUAUUGGUUACCCGAGUGUCAGUAGUUGUAUUCUUAGGUAAAUAACAAAUUAUACACGUGUUAGCGAGGGUUCCGUCGUCGUCGCCCGCGCCGUGUUCACGAGCAAGGCCUAAAGUGAGCGUUGCGUGUACGAUAUAUCAAGAGCAUCCGUUUUAUUAGGAUGUAUACGCAUCUGUGUGAAUUAUAUAUGUAUGAAUGCGGUG